AACUUUUUUUUAAUUCUAAAAAAUCUGUCGGAAAUGUCCCAAAAUCGACGAAAAAUCAACCAAUAACAACUCAAAAACUAUUUGUCAUUCAAUAUUUUACUUGCUACUCUUAAAAAAUUACAUUGUGAGAAUUUGUGGGCCUCAAUUAAUCGAAAAUUGGCAUUUCGUGUAAUUUUUUGUUCAAUAAAUUUAAUCUUCACUCUUUCAUCGAAUAAAGCCCAUUUGAAUUUAAAAUCCCCAUCAUCAAAGCCCUUUAAUCCCGACCAAAAAUGUAUCGCACAAAGCUCGCGUCUGGUCGAAAUCUUCAAUGAGCUUUGGGUGUGUGUGGGCGUUCAUUGAUCCUAGCGAGUCCUUAUCAGAGUGGGUCGACGGGGAUCAACAUGGCUGCUACCUGAAUUCCUUCAGUGGUUAAAAUCGCGCAAAAGUGUCCCCAAAUCGGCCAAAAAGUCUCCCUAUGCGAUUUAAAGUGGCGACGAGGAGAACUUCACAAUUCGUCUCGGCAGGAUGGCAGCCGACGAUAGCAUGGACGACGACGUGUUCGAGAGUCAAGAGGAUAGUCUGAGAGUUUCAGGACAGAAGAACACCCCCUCUCCCACGGGGUAUAGGGAUUAUAAGCCUCCGGCUGAAGUACUCAAACUUUGCCAGACUGAUGUACUCGAAGACUGCGAACAGAUCGUCCAUAAGACGAUCCUUUUGGGGGACAGCGGCGUCGGCAAGACCUCCCUCUUGGUCAAAUUCGACACCGGCCGAUUCCAAUCGGGGAACUUCUCCGCCACGGUGGGCAUCGGUUUCACGAAUAAAGUAGUUACAGUGGAUCAGACCAAAGUGAAACUCCAAAUAUGGGACACGGCGGGACAAGAGCGCUUCAGGAGCGUCACCCACGCUUAUUACCGGGACGCGCACGCCCUUCUGUUGCUUUACGACGUCACCAACAAAACAAGCUUCGACAAUAUCCGCGCUUGGCUCAGCGAGAUCCGCGAGUACGCCCAAGACGACGUCGUGAUCAUGUUAUUAGGAAAUAAAGCGGAUUGCGGGAGUGACAGGGCCGUCCGCAGGGAGGACGGGGAGCGAUUAGCCCGGGAAUACAACGUCGCUUUUAUGGAAACGUCGGCAAAGAGCGGGCAAAACGUCGAAUUGGCCUUCUUGGCCGUUGCAAGGGAGCUGAAAUAUCGGCUAAGUGGCAAUCGCACUGAUCGAAACAAAUUCUCAGUUCAAAAUUACGUCAAGGAACAAACACAAAAACCGCCUUGUCCUCCUUGCACCACCUAGACAUUUCACAGUUGGGACCCAGAACAAUACGAAUUAACACCAAAGGACAUUUGGAUGUAAGACAGUCUGUGAUAAAGACAGACUUGAUGGACUUGUAGUUGCUUUUCUUAGUGUGCCAUCUUCUUCUUUUGGUAAGUGUGUACGUAUCAUAUCAUGUGUUAAGUUGGUACACGUGGGGCGGUAAUGACACUAAUGAUAUUGUUAGUACAAUAAUUUUUAAAGCAUAUACACCCUGUAUAAAUAAAUGAAUUCGUUUCAUAGUCGCUAGGGAAUCAAAUAUUAUAUAUUCUGUUAUGUGGUGUACGGAGUCUUUAAAUAAAUUAUUUAUAUGGCA